AUGCUGAUUUCAUAUCCCCCUCGUCCAACGACAGGGCCGAUUGUUCGGAUUAGUCCAGAGGACCUGCACAUCAACGAUCCGGAAUUUACUGAUGUCAUAUUUACGGGCGUUGAACACCGGAGAAACAAAACCAAGUGGAUUGGUCGCUCACUGAUCUUACCCGAUUCCACUGUUGCAACGAUACCACAUGAGCUGCACCGCAAACGAAGAGCCACUCUGAAUCCAUAUUUCUCCCAUAAAAGCAUUCGGAACCUUGAGAAUGUCAUGCAAAAAGGACUGAGACGUAUGAUGGGCCGCAUCAAAGAGAGUGGUCAAACUCAUAGCGUACUCUCUCUUAAUCUCUUGUUCAAGGCAGUUACUAGUGAUACUAUUUCCGAGUACUGCUUUGGAGUUUCAACCAACUAUCUGGAUCAUGACGACUUCAACGCCACAUGGUUUCAUGCAAUUGAUUCUGUGCUGGGGAUGGCUUGGGUCUUAGCGUACAUUCCAUUCCUAGGACCCCUGAUGAAAAUGAUGCCGCCGUCUAUCAUGGCAUCACUGAAACCUGGACUGAAGUCUCUGUGGGACAUGCAUCAGCAAUGGGACAAGAAGAUUGACGAAAUCAGGGCAUGUCCGCCAGGCGAAAGCAAGAAUGACAGUGUUUUCCAUGGUAUCAUUCAUAGUGACUUGCCAGCAUCCGAGAAGACGACGAAGAGAAUGCAACAGGAGGCACAGAUGUUGAUUAUGGGCGGGCAAGACCCAAUCGCCUAUACCCUGAGUGCUAUCACCUACCACCUACUCUCGAACCCAGACAAACUGGCAAAGCUAAGAGCCGAGCUCAAGACUGCAUACCCUGACCCCGAUAGCACCCCCGCCUUAUCAAUUGUUGAGCAUCUUCCUUAUCUGCAAGCAGUCGUUCUAGAAGGCCUUCGAAUCAAUCCAGGGGCAUUGGUACGGAUGACACGUUCAUCUCCAGACGAAGAUCUGGUGUAUCAUGACAAAAGUAAUAACAAAAUGUGGGAAAUUCCCCGCAAUACGCCUAUCACAAUGAGCGCUCUCCUUUUGCAAAGGCAUCCGUCUGUAUUUCCAGAAGCAGAUAAAUUCGAACCGGAACGCUGGCAAAAUAACCCUGGGCUCAAACAUUACAUGAUAGUAUUUUCUCGGGGAACACGGAUGUGUCUAGGAUUCAACCUCUCCUACGCUGAGCUCUAUGUCACAUUGGCCAGUCUUUUCCUUCUGUACGAUUUAUACGAUGGGACAGGAAAACAGCAGGUGCCCACUUUAGCUCUGUAUGACACAAUCCGAGAACGUGACAUAGAUGCUAAUAUGGACUUCAUUGCGCCUGCCGUGGCCAGAGGAAGCAAAGGCCUGCAGGUGGUAGUUAGAGGGUAG